CCAAACAGAGGGAGGGAGGGGGAAACGGCGUAUGCUUGUAUACAACCCUGAUUUCCAUUUUUUUCCCAACUCGUAAUGUAUUUAAUUCAAGUGAAACGUAAUCAUGACGUGUCGUGUCAUUAAUCUCCUCGCCGCCUCUCCCAAAAUCAAAGGAGGCCGCAGCAGAAGUGUGUCCCCCAUCAGCCGAGACAACAAAGAAUGGCAUAAUAUCACACACAGUGAAGAGGAUGGAUUCUCCACCAGAAUGUGUGUUGUCGCUUUCCUGUGAGCAGCCCCAGUCUCCCCCAACACUGCCCUCCCUAGACCACAGCCCCCAGGCGUCGUCCCCCCACACGCAGCUCUCUCUACCCGACAGCCCCAUUCUCCUGGCUGUUCACAGCCCCGAACCUUCUCCUCAGAGCCCGGACACCACGCCCUAUUUCCCCCUCUCUCCCUCCCCUCUCCACGAGAACGACAACAUUAUUAAUCACCACAUUAUUGACGAAGAGGACGAUGAGGAAGGGCUGGAUGGAGUUCCACCAUCCCCGACCCCAGCGGUGGCUCUGUUUCCAGGAAGUGGUGGACAAGAAGCUGGAUGCAGCCCUUGUUUGGAUACCUCUCCUCCGGCUACUCCAUCAGCACCACUCCUUGGGUUUGGAGCCCUGGAGCUGGCCCUGUCCUCUGGACAGAGUGGAAACUCCAGCGAAGAGCUAGAUCUCCAGCUUUUCCAGAAGGAUACUGUUACCAGGGCAAUACCUGGAGUGGGAGGGGCCUCAUCAGGGCCUGCACUCAGGUUUCCCUGUCACGUGUGUGGGAAGAGAUUUAGAUUCCAAAGUAUUUUGUCUCUUCAUGCCCGCGCUCAUAGUCUUGACAGAGACCGCAGGGCUACAGCCCUCUACCGGUCUGGACUUCCCUCAGCGCCGCUAAAGCAGCACCUCAAGGUCCAACAGAACCACAAAGACAUAAUACAGAAUCACAGAAGUCACACAAACCAGCGUUUACUGCCAGGGACACUCAUCCAGCAUCUCACAGAGGAAGAGGAUGUUGAUGGCGGGGUCAAAGGUUUUGACGAAGGUCUACAGACAGACAACAACCCAAACUUUUUACUGGAUGAUAGCACACCACUGACCCCUCCACUUACAGAGGAUCCUGUCUCUGUGACCUCUCCCUAUUCUACCAUAGGGGAGGGUGCAUCUACGCCCACAGCAACGACAUUUCGCUGUCAUGCCUGCAAAGGCAAAUUCCGCACAGCCUCAGAGUUGGCACGCCAUGUCCGCAUUCUCCAUAACCCGUAUAAAUGCACUCUUUGUCCUUUCUCUGCCAGUCAAGAAGAGAGCCUGGCAUCCCAUUUGCAAGAGUGCCACCCUUCUCCCGAGGUACCUGCUCUGCCACUGGCUUUCAAUUCGAGGCCCAUUAUCGCAACCCCCGACACUCCUGUUCCCACCCCAUCUCACACUCCAGCCCCAACCCCAAGCACCCCACAGGUGACGUCAGCUGCCACAGCGGCUGCAUCCUCUUCACUGCCAGCAUUUCGCUGUGAUACCUGUGGACAGCGGUUUACCCAGUCUUGGUUCCUCAAGGGACAUAUGCGAAAGCACAAAGACUCCCUGGACCACAAGUGCAAGGUAUGUGGCCGUGGCUUCAAGGAGCCUUGGUUCCUCAAAAAUCACAUGAAAGUACAUCUCAACAAGCUUGGGCUCAAAGCUGGGCUGGGAAUUCUUGGGGGACCAGGGACUGCUGAGCAGCAGGCCAAAGGCUCUGGAAGUAAUCACUCCCUCAAUGCCCUCUACUCUAGUCUCCUUAUGGCUCAGCGAGGAGGUGGCAGAGGGGGGAGGUCAGACAGGAGCAGUGGAGGCAGACUAGAGAUGGGCUCAAGUAAGUCAGCCAUCUUAGGCUACCUUGGGCUUCCCAGUGAUGGCAGUGGGGCCAGCUGCAUGGAGAGACUUCAAGCAGUGGCUCAGGUGGCAGAGAUGGGAAAUGGUGGUGGUGGGCUUGGUGGCCCAGGAGGAGGCGACCCAGGAAGACGAGGGGGAGCAGCUCGAAGCUCAAGCGACGCUACAGCAUCAGUAUCUGAAGGAGGGGAACAGGCAACAUGGUGGCAACUGGUGGCUCGCAGCCUUGCAGUUGCUCAGCAGCAGCAGCAGCAGCAGCAACAGCAGCAGCAACAGCAGCAGCAGCAGCAACAGCAACAGCAAGGCCAGCGAGGCCAGGGUCGGAGCUCAGUGAUCACCGAGUCUGACCAAGUCAGAGCGUACCUUGCAGGCCUGGAGUCAAGAGAGCAGUCUGGAGCAGCAGGAGGACCAUGGGAAUGCCCAGACUGUGGGAAGCUUUUUCGCAGUUUCCAGCAGGUUGUCGUUCAUGCUCGGGUCCACGCUCAAAGACCCCAGAAAGGAGCAGGCGGUGAGGAGGAGGGAAGCAGUAGUAGAAGAGGAGCGGGGCUAGGAAGAGGAGGCAGCAGUGAAGCAAGACAGGAGUCUCAGCUACACAGUAGUGGAUCCCAACAUGCCGGAGAAGUGAGACAGGAAUCAAAACUACAUGGUGGUGGAUCACAACAACCAAGUGCAGCCACAGGGUUUCACUCUGUCAUCUCAAGCUUCAAAGGAGAAAAUGGCUUGACGGCAGUCUCCUCGAUACCUUCAGUUCCCAUCAGGGAGCGAGUGCGUGGUAGAGGGAUAAAAGACUGCCCCUACUGUGGUAAAGCCUUCCGCUCGUCACACCACCUUAAAGUGCACCUAAGAGUUCACACAGGGGAGAGACCCUACAAGUGUCCGCACUGUGACUAUGCGGGAACCCAAUCAGGCUCGCUGAAGUACCAUCUCCAGCGGCACCACAGGGAGCAACGCAAUGCCCUGUCAGCCUCAUCCAACUCCUCCACCGGCCUAACCUCCACCAUCAACAGUUUGACCUCUGGAACCCCUGGGUUGGUCAAGCAGCGCCGAUCCCAAAUAAACCACGGUCCACUCAACCGAGGUCCAGCAGACCAGGCCUCGUCUCGGCCAAGUCAACAGUCCUGGCUCCUGGGGCUUCCAGACCAACGCGAGCAUCAAAAGGCCUUGGCUGCACUAAGGGAUGUUGACUUGGAGACCCAAUACAGGUAUCUGUCUGGGGUGAUGGGAGCUCUUUACCAGGGAGGAAUGGAAGGUGGCUGGAUUAGAGAGUCUCCCCCACCAAAGGCCCCUAAAGUGUCUCGGCGUAAGCCCCUUACUACGAGCCGAAUGGUCCAACCCUCAAGUGACAAGGAAGGGCCUGCACCUUCAACUCAAGGUGGAGGGUUUGAACCCUUGGAUCUCUCCCGUCGUCCCUCGCCUGGCCUUGGAGAAAUGGAAGAAGAUGGUGUCAUGAGUGUUGGGGAAGGAGGAGUUGUUGAUGGUGGUGAUAGCUCAUCAGGGGUGAAACUGAGCCAGUGUUUGUUCUGCUCUUUCCGUACAUCUUCUGCAGAGCUGAUGGCUAUGCACUUGCAGGUCAACCACACCAGUAAAUCUAGACGCAAAAGAAGCUCUUCCACUAUCAUAGAAAAUAAUGGGCCCCCAAAGGCCACCAAGCCCCGAAUGGAUCACUCCGAACUGGAUUCCUUGGGGUUAUGGAGGCAUGAAAGUAAUGCUGGGUCCCAGGCACCACUUGGGGGAUGGUCCUCAACCAUGGCCCAGACCCUCAAUGGGGUCUCUGAGGAUAAAACAGAACAUCUGGAUCAUAGUCUUGACCUCCCAGACUACAACAUGGCCUCAGCAUCCAAGAAUGUAAUGGACAGUCUGGGGCUGAAUGAGAAGUUAGAGGACGAGGAUGAGGAGGAGGAGGAAGAGGAUGAGGAAGACCAAGAAGAGGAACUGGAAGAACAUUUGGAAAACAGCAGUUUGGAAGAUUCACAAGAUCAGGAUCUGAGGAUGUCCCUUGCUCUUUCACCAAUCCUUAGCUCCAACCACAUGAUGGAAGAGGAGGAAAGAAUUUGAACGGGAUUUCGGAUGACUGAAUCGAGGAGGUUAAAUAUAACUGAAAUAUAACUGAAGUAUCAGCAGGAGGCUUUGCAGAAAGAAAGGGGCUUUUAAGUCAAAUGAAGAAUUCCCCCCUUUAUGCUUUUAUUUCUAAAGAAGUUGCAGGGAAUUUAGGAAAAGAUGGAAGGAUCACAGCUGUUACAUUCCCUCCAAAAUGAUUUGUCUUCAGUCUUGACAGUGUGGUCCACCUCAACAUAUGGUAGAUGUCCUGUAAAAACAAGAGCAUGGCUGCAUCUUUUCAGGAUUUCUAGACCACUUUUUUUUCCCUUUUCUGUCAGAUGAUUUUUUUUUUUUUUUAAGGCUGACCUCCUGUUUGAAAAGUAAAAGCAGAAAACCUCGGGCAGAGCCUGCAUCAUUCCAGAAUGCACUGCAAUGCAUUCAUUUCACAAUUAUAAAGGACUGUUCAUGGCAGAAUACUAUAGUCAUACUUAUGAAGUUGACUGUGAAGAGACGCUCUCCUGACUGACCGCUGAACAGUUUGAAAACCUUAAGCUUCAAGUUCCUCCUCAAUGUGUAAAGAUGUGGAGGAUCUGGCGUUUCAAGCUGUGAACCUCAGCUAAGCUAUUUGGUAUUAAUUUAAGGCGUGAGGUAACUGUUGCAGGCUGUGUGCUUUCUUUCAACUGUAUAUCACUGCCUUGUUUGUCUGAAAAGUGUUCCUAGAUGAUUGUCCUCAAGAAAAACCGAAAGAAGUUAUUAUUUUUUUUGGCUUCCUUUUCAGUUAGUGCCUGUUCACGUACUGUAUGUUAUCAAGAGAGUCUCUGUUUUUCCUCAGCUCACGAUAGGUCAUUUUGUUUUAUCUGAAUAUACAAGUUUAAAACAAUUUAAGUACAGUAUAUUUGUUAAAAAGUGGUUCUAGAUUGUUGUGAAUAGUGACGUAAAAGAAAUGCCACACGGCAGCGUGAUGUCCUGACGCAGACAGCAGCUGUUUGUGGCUCGAUUUGAAAAGAACAAAAAAAUAAUAAAUAAAAGAGUAGGUGAUAUACAAGAUGUACAAUGCAAUGAAAGAGGUCAAAGGCCCAGCAGAUUUAAAAAAAAAAAAAAGGUGUGGGUCAUAGUUAAAAAUGUAGUGUUUACAAUGGUGCUGGAUGUGGGUUAGAGUUGCCAAGACAACUUGAGGUCGGCGUAGCUGCGCGUCAAAGAAAAACUAAACCACAAAAAGCGGGAGUCGGUUUGAGGGCUGUAGGGACGUCGCUCGAGCCCCAGAACACAAUCAACUGACACAUUGUUUUUAAAGAGACUGCGACUUUGCAACUGUGUCAAGAAAACAAUUUGAAUUAUUUUUUUUUUCUUCAAUAGGAGAGAAGAGACAAGGUAGAGAAUGAAAUGCCUGCCAAACAGGACUAAACCUGAGAAACAGACCGUACUCUCUGGGUACAGUGUCUUUUAGAUGAGUAGAUUCCCUCUCUUCUUCUUUUUUUGUUUUAAUAAGAAAAGAAAAGACAAUGGUAGGAGUAAUAAUUAAAACACUAACAAAUGCAUAGACAUCCCAGUAGAUAGUGUAGCUUUUGUAAAGACAAGAAGAAAAAAAAAAAUGUGUGUGUUUAUUUUCAUUUCAAGAUUCUUACAGAAAAGGUUAUCAAUAUAGGUAAUAUUGAUUAUAAUGUUCCUGAGCUAAGACUAGUUGGAAUGUCUACAUUACAGAGCACUGUGCAAGGUUUGAGUUCCCAAAGUAGUUGUCUUUAUUUUGAUUUUAUCGAUAGACCAAACAUUUUGUUCAACGGAAGUCGUCACUUUUUGUUCGUUUGUUUGGUUCUUUUUGAACGUGUAAAGUUGUGGUUUCAGUAGAAUUAGCCCCAUCGAUUAGCAAAAGUCUGUCUGGACAGUGCAUCGAAUAUCGGACCACCGAGCUGGUCUUUAAGGAGAUCAAUUAUUUUGCUGUGAUGAUAAAUUAAAAAAAACGGCAAUUUAUUAUCAUUACCUAGCCUAUGUCCAGUGUUUGGUCUGUUCUGACCUCUUUCUAAAAGCAUAAAUGUUGUGUUUUUCAACAUAUUGCUUUAAGAAUUCAUGUUAUCCUCCACACACAGAGCAUGUGAGUGGAUACAGUUGCUGAAUUCUGAGUCCACACUUUUGGUGUUCCCCGUUGGGUUAGGGUCGAGUCUGAUCUGUAAAGAACCAGAAUUUAACCCCAUUUAAACCCAUUAAACCAUUUAAAUUAGGCCGAGAUACGUUUGCUUUGAUGUUUUCCAAACUUCCAAACGUGGUCAACUCGUAGGUGACACCCCAGCGUAAAUUUUGAAAAUGAUACCUGUGGGGUGGCAUCUACUCAUGACUACUUUUCAAUGGGACAUCUUUCGACUAAAACCACAAUUUCAUGUGCAUUGUUGAUGUGUUUAAGUUCCGUCUCCUCUUAGAGCACCUUAUGAGUUCUGUAGUGAAAGUCCCUUAGUGGUGUCUCCGUAACAACUACUGUCAACGCCACCGUGCCUUCUGUCUCAAGCACUUCCUGGUGUAUUUUGUAAAAACUCACCAAAAGCACUUAGCACACGUCAACACUCUCUCUCAUCCCUCCUCUCUUCAUCCAUUCUUUUCCUUCAUCACCUCGGCACAUUUUCGCGAUCUUUCACCUCCCGACUCUUCCAUCCUUCCUCCCUUCCCUCCUUCCCUCCAGGCCAGAUUCGGCCUUAAACAAGUUCACUAGGCCUAAUUUACAACCUAGCGUGGCUAGACCUUUUUGACAGAAAUGACUACCUAACCUUUAGACGAAUAAGAAAAUAUAUUAAUCCUUAUUGACGUAGGGUUGGACCACUUUUUGGUCUUCACACUGACCCUCUGUAAACCAAAGCCCAAAGUCCAAGACUAACUAAUAUUUAAUCUUAUGAGGUGCCAAAACACGUCCAACGUGACACUAAAGUUUGUAGCAACUUUAAAAUAAACUCAAUCAUCCACCCGUCCUCUCUUCUUCCCUCAUUUCCUCGCUCUCUUGCUUGCUCCUCCCUCCUUGUCCCUCGCUCGUCCGUAAAAACUUGUCGAUCUUCUCUAGCACCACUUGAAGGUGACGCGUACUAUCUGGUAUUGAGGCCUUUAUUAUUGUUAUUGUUGUUGUUGUUAUUAUUAUUAUUAGACUUUUAUUUCAGUUUUUUUUUGUGGUGUUUGUUCGAUGCCGUCGAGAUGGAAAAAUGCUCUUCUUAUAAUGAUGAUAAUUAUUAUUAUUAUUGUUUUUGGCUUUACGGUUAAAAACAGAGUAAAAAAAAAAAAAUCAAUUGAAAUGUGUUGUUGAAUGUUGUACAGAUAGCACUAGAGAUGUUGUGUUUUUUUGUUUUUUUAAAAGAGAGCACAAACCUGAGCAAUGGUCCCUUCUACUCCUCCCGGUGGCAGACGGGAAUAAAACAGCCUGCCGGAAUAUUUUAACGUGUUUAACGGUGAAAAUUAACUUUUGUCUACGUAACAUUUGAAUGUAAAAGUGCGGAUCUUCCUAGAG